AAAAUUUGGCCCCUAGGGUUUGGGUCAGUUUGUGCGACGAAAUCCCAACCGUUUCAGUGGAGCUUUCCUCCGAUGCCCAUCAUCUCCCGCUUGAUAGCUUCCCCAUUAGAAUGGCAACUCCUCUUCUAGCUGGACUUGCCGUAGCUGCAGCUGCUCUUGCUGGUCGAUACGGAGUCCAGGCAUGGCAUGCAUACAAGUCAAAACCAAUUGUUCCAAGGAUGCGCAAAUUUUAUGAGGGUGGUUUCCAACCGUCAAUGACUAGAAGAGAAGCUGCUCUUAUACUUGGGGUCAGGGAAAGUACUCCUCCAGACAAGAUUAGAGAAGCUCACAGGAAGGUGAUGGUUGCAAACCAUCCGGAUGCAGGGGGAAGCCAUUACCUUGCUUCCAAGAUCAAUGAGGCAAAAGAUGUUUUGCUCGGAAAGUCAAAGGGUGGUGGAUCUGCAUUCUGAUUUAUGUUUAUAACCCUGCCCUGCGCCUGGUAACAAUCCUAUAAUUUGUUUUAUAACCUCUUUUCUGUAUUUAUUUAUUGAUAUAGCACCCUCUCUUUUAUAUAUUAGUCUGGUAUGGCUGUAGUCAGCUGAUCAGUUUUUGUUACUGUUCUCAAAUGAGCAUUUUUGGAAUGAAAUGCUGUAUUUUACAUUCAGACCACCCAAAAACUUGCUAUUUAUGAAUCAAGCACUCUCUUUCGUCCAUUUUUUAAAUUUU